CUCCACCCACCUUUUACAGUUCAUGAUCGAUAGUUGAGACACACACUGUGGAACAAAUUAUUUUAGUGGAUUUUUUUGUGUGAAAGUGGUUAAUUUUCAAAUUUAGAAUUGUGUUUGGAUUAAGUUUGUAACUUUAUUGAUUAUUAGAGGGAUAUUUUGAUGGAACUGCAGUUGGGACAUGGGGAAGCAAGCUAGCAAACAUGCAGAAUGCUUUCUCGUGAAUGGACAGUUUAAUAAAGCUUUAAUGGAAGAACAAAUUUUAAAGCAGACAAAAACAGGAUUUAAUCUGGCCAAUUACAACUUGAAUAAUUCUGUAACGGAAUUGUCAGUCAGUCUGGAGGAUAAAGGAGGGGAAAGUGUGCCUCUGAGGGUGGAGCUACCUCCUCCAAAGAUGGAGUCACACAACAACAAGUUACUAACAUUGGACAAUAACCUGGAAAAACUUGACCAGUCAGAGGAAAAAGACAAGACAGGAACAGAAACAGACAAUCGAUUAAGUAUUGAGGAGUUUGAAUGUGGUGUACAGUUUGAAAGUACAGAGAAGAACAAACAAGAAUGGUCUUUUACUCUGUAUGAUUUCGAUGGGCAAGGCAAAGUAACAAAAGAGGAUUUAUCCAGUUUGCUGAAAGCUUUAUAUGAUGCAGUUGGAUCCUCUAUCAAAAUACCCUCAAAUGGAACAAAAACAUUAAAACUCAGACUAACAGUGGGACCAGAUGGGUCAUUGUCACCCUGUCACAAAGGGUCACCCAAGUCCAAAGAAAAUAAGGACAAGUGCAAGGACACUUCAAAGGUCAAGGACACUACAAAGUUACAAAAAGUAAACAAUCUUACACAGGCAAAUUUACAAAUGCCCUUGAAACAGUGCAAUAGUGAGAAACAAGGACAUUGCUAUGGUAACAAUUUAAGUCAAUGUCAAAGUCCAAAGAGAUUACCGUUUACCUCGCAAGAACAUCAACAGUUGGCAGAGUUAGUGCAAGAAAAUAUGGAACGCAAUCACAUUAAACAACUUAGACGGCAUCAUUCUGAUUGUAGAGGAAAUACUCAUGAACAUUCUCAUCACAAACGACGUCACCGUGGACACUGUAGUAAAAACAAUGGUGCAACUAACGUUAAUGAAAGGGCGAAGGAAUGUCAAGAUCGUAGGAAUUAUUACCUCGAUUUGGCUGGAAUCGAGCACACUGCAGUAAAGGGACAAAAUAAUACAUUGUGUGAGGAUACUCAACAUCAAAGGUCAAGGUCAAAUGACCUUCCACAUAAAUGUGACAAUGUGAAAAAAGAGGUUGAAUUUUUACCCAAACAUUUAGACUUGACAUCUAGGGUAGAUCAUAUUAGAUCAAAGUCAUUCGACCCACAGGAAAUUGCAAGUAGGUCACCGAAAGGACAUCACAAGACAAUUUCCUCCUCGCUCUCACCAUCAAAAUCACACAAAUUCAGGCCGUUAAGUUUGCCAAUGAACAUUGAGCCAGCAAUAGCUUCUCAUUAUCAUAGGCGACACCGACAGCGAGAAAAGGACCAUGACCUUGCAAUGCAACAAGUUGCAGAAUGGAUUGAAAAAGAGCAUACAAUUGACAAGGAUGGUGAAAAAGUGAUUGUACAGAGACAUGAACAUCAUCAUAUACAUGAACACCAUCAUCACCAUCACUACCACCAUUAUCAUGAGGCAUGAUGGGUAAUUGUUAUGGUUAAAAAAUGGUUGCUCAAGACUUAUGCUUGGAAUGUAAACAGAUUAUUUAAAGAUAAAGGAUGGUUAUAUAUUUAAUUUUCACAGUUUUGUAAAUUUUCUACUUUCACAAUUUUUAAAUCCUCAUUUGAAAUGAAAUACCUUGAAACAGGCACUUGGAAUUAAUUAUUUGUUUAUGCUUUUAAGAAAGCGAAACAGUUUAUUUAUCAAUAUAUAUACACAAUCUGUAUUUUGUAAAAUUAAAAUUUCGCAUUAGGAUUUCUAUAUGUAUUAAUAUUAUAGUCAUUUAUUGAUGCUAAAUAGGGCAUAUUGAAAUCCAUUGUUUAUUGUAUAGUCAUUUUGUUACUUGAAUCUCAUUAGAGGAUAUUUUGUCAUGUGAUAUUUUGCUGCCCUGAUUUGCUUAAGUAAUUUGCAUAAUUUGUCAGAUGUAAAUUUCUUUUUUUAAAUUUUAAGUGUAGUCAUACAAUAAAUUAUGUUGUUUUCAUGUUUGAAUAAAUAGGAUAGAAGAUAAAGAAAUUGUCAUUAGUUGCAUAAAAAGUUUACCACAUUAUGAAAUUAACAUGUGGAAACUUAUUAUAUGUUUAUGUUACCAGCAUAUUGCCAUUUGUUUUCAUUUUUGAUUGUCAACUUGUAUAUGAAAAAAAAAGAUUGUAAGAGAUAUCAGUUAGAAGGUUUAAGGCAGGUACCCAACACUUUCACUAAAAUUAAUUUGGCUCGUUUAAUUUUCAUAAAAUUUUGUCAAAGUAUUUACUUUGACACUUUAACAAAAAUUUAAAAAUUUAAAAUUUUUUGAACCAACCAUUUUGUCAGAAAAAUUACACUGGUUAUAUAGCAAUUUGACAACCACCAAUUUGGAUCAUUGAGAAGCUUAAUAUUCCUUUUACAACACAUUGUAAUUAAAACGAUUAGCUGACUUUACAGAGUUAUCUCCCUGAAGUGUUAGGUACCACCUUAAUCUAAUGUACUAAAUGCUUUAUCAAAAAGAACUGUAAGCAACAAUCUACAGAUAUCCACAUAUUGGGAAAAUGAAACAGUAUAUGAGAAUUUUUAUAUAAUCCAUAAUGGAUAUUUUAUAUGUAUUUUGUAAAAAAAAAACAAUAUUUGACGAAAAGCUUUAAGUAGAAUUUUUGAGAGAUGUUAUUUUUACUUGAUUACAAACUGUUCUUGGGCUUAUUACAUAUUCAACUCAGGGUAUUGUGAUCAAUUUUGUUAUUUAUUUUUAAUUGUGGACUUGAAGAUGUGUCUGUAAGAAUGAAUGAUUUUGUUUUUGUUGAUGGCUGUUGUUAAAUUGUUAUUACCUAACUGAUUUCACCUGGCUUAUAUCUUUAAUUGAAAUGCUACACAAUUCAGAGAUGUUCUUGAGAAGCAAAUUUGAAUAGCGGUCUUCACUCUUAAACACAAGACCACCAGUCGAGGCAUUUGAAAAUAUUUUUGGGCUUUUAAAAUUCUCAUUACAAGUUUAUUAACAGAAUCCAACUAAAAUUUUCAUAAAUAUUAGCUUCUUGUUUCAUAGAUUUUAAAGUUUAUCGUGAAAACUGCAAUUGUGGUCACUAUAUAGAUUUAUUGCAAAAAUAAUUGUUAUACGUUAUACUUUUCUUGAAAAAGCUAUCCUUUAAUUGUGCAAUAUUUGAACGACAUUUGAUCAGGUGAAAUUGUUCAGGUAAUACCUGGGUUGUACCUUAUUUACUUGGUAGUAUGUCUGAUUUCUAUUGACUGAUCUAUUUUAAGGAUUAUUUCUUCAUCUAUAAUUUCUUAGACCUGUUUUGUAACACAAUUUACCUAGCUGUUAUUUUUGAAUAUUUUUGCAUGUAAGAUUGUUUUACGAAUAAAUUUCUAAACUUAAAUUAUUUUUAUGGUUUCUUUAAAGAAAUGGGCACAGGUUGCUUCUAUAUUAAUUAUACACAAACCUUUUAAAAUACAAAAUCUGAAUCUUUAAAAUAAUGAAGAUGACAUUCUGUAUGGUUGUAUAUUGUUAAAUUAUGUGUGAAUGUUCUGUAUUUUUGUAAGAAAAUAGAGUGAAUUUUAUGUAAUGAUUGUAGAAAAAAGUUUACCUUUACUUUUAAAGUAAAAUUCUUGAUAAUCUAUAAGUUCUGUGUUUUAAAGUUCAGAUAAUCCUGAAACAGAGAAGGUCAUAUAUAAAACUAAGGUACUUUGUAACUUUGUUGCUUCUUUUGAAUGUCCUUUAAUGUUAUAAACAUAUAUAGGAUCUUCUAACAAACUCUUUUACUGUAUACAUUCUCAAGAAAAAUCAUAGCUGUUUCUACAUGUAGUUUACACAGUAAAAAACAAUUUCAGAAAUCUGCCUGUGUCUGGUAACUCUCCCACAUCUGACCGUCUUGAACAUUUAUAUAAACUGCCACUUAUAUCAUUAAAGAAAUACAGCUUCCAUUAUCAUUGGUUCCACUAUGUAUCAGUCACCAUAUUUCAUGCUCAAAUCAACUACCUCAACAAAUAUAGAAGUAUGGAUUGAUCAUUGUACUGUUGGUACUUUCCUUUUUUGUACACACUGAUUUUACAAUAUCAUAUGAACAUUUAAGAAAUGUUUCAAGCUGUUCUUAGUUAAUUUCAAUUACACAGAUUUUUUGUGAAUAAUUUUAUUUUAAAAUUUUGAUAGUUUAUAGACAAAAAAUGAUUUAUUCUAUAGGAACAUGUGUUACAGAAAAUAUUUCCUCAUCAAAUUAAAUUACAACCGGUAUAAAUAUAGCACUGAAAAUGAUUAAUUAUGUUAAACAAUUACUAAGUAUGAAAACUAUAAAGAUGAAAUUUGUCCAACAAGCUUGCACAUCUAAAAUUGAUAAACAGAUUGUGUGCAUAGAUACAGUUAGAAAUAUUUUGAGGCAAAAAGAAUUUGAAUAUCUGACAAAUAUGAACGACAAAAAUAGGGUAAUUCAUCUUAUUGUGGAAACAAAUUGCAAACAAAAAGCUUGUUUAGUGUUAUAUACUUAAUCCCUAUUUUAUACUGUGUAUAUCAUUUAUGAAAAUCUGUGUCCAUUGCUUCAUCACAUGACAAGUUGUUGUUAUUUGUUGGGUACCAAUCAUUGUUUCAGAAAUCUCUGGAUUAAACCCUGUACUAAAUACUGAGUAUUUAUUAUCCAUUUCAAACUUUGAAAAGCUAACACUACAAAUGCAUGUACUAGAAACUGACAAAGCUAAAUACUGAGUAUUUAUUGUUCAUCUGAAACUUUAAAAAAGCAUACAUUACAAAUACUAGAAACUGACAAUGUCUUUUUAUAAUUUCAUAGUUAUCUUUUUUCAUAUUUUGUAUUGGGAGAUAGUUUUAUUACUUUGAAAUAUGUUAUCAAAGCAUGACUACAGCAUAUUCUGUAUUAUUUGACUGUAAUAUGUCUAUAAAAAUACAAUCAUUUGACCAAGGUUAUUGUUUCUGUCCUUGCACAUAUGACCAUCAGAUGUAAUAAAAUAGCCUUAAAUUGA